UUCCUUUCGUGGCUGUUGUUGCCAUCACCUCUCGCCUGCAUGAACUGCAUGAACUGCAUGAAUCGGACUGAGUCCGUUGUUCACCUCAAGAGGCAAAAUACCUUAGUCGUGCAGGUUCGGUCACUCUCUCCAUCGCUUCAAACAUGACAGAAAUACAGAAGUAGCAGCUCUGCUCUGUGUGGUUGCUGCCGGCUCUGACUGUCCCUCUGCGUGAUGGCUCUGGUCUGAGGAGGUCAACCUGUGGAUUUUUAACAAGCACACACACACAGAGACGUCAACACACACACUCUCUCUGGGAAGUGGACGCCUGAGGAGGGGAGGCCCACGGCAACAAUGGCGAAGUACCACUGGCAGAGUCAAAAUGUCAAGCAAAGCGGCGUGGACGACAUGGUCCUGCUGUCAAAGAUCACAGAGGACGCCAUCGUAGACAACCUCAAGAAGAGAUAUAUGGAUGACUACAUCUUUACUUACAUCGGCCCUGUGUUGAUAUCAGUCAACCCGUUCAAGCAGAUGCCCUAUUUCACUGACAGAGAAAUUGAACUCUACCAAGGAGCUGCCCAGUAUGAGAAUCCACCACACAUCUACGCCCUGACUGAUAAUAUGUACAGAAACAUGAUGAUUGAUGGCGAGAAUCAGUGUGUCAUUAUUAGCGGUGAGAGCGGUGCUGGAAAGACAGUGGCUGCCAAAUACAUCAUGGGCUACAUUUCCAAAGUGUCUGGAGGUGGAUCAAAAGUGCAGCAUGUGAAAGACAUCAUCUUGCAGUCAAAUCCUCUGCUGGAAGCCUUUGGAAAUGCAAAGACCGUCCGUAACAACAACUCAAGUCGUUUUGGGAAAUACUUUGAGAUUCAGUUCAGCAGAGGAGGAGAGCCAGACGGUGGAAAAAUUUCGAACUUCCUGCUGGAGAAGUCGAGAGUGGUGAGCCAGAAUGAGAGCGAGAGGAACUUCCACAUUUACUAUCAGUUGAUAGAGGGCGCCAACGCUCAGCAGAAAGAGGGCCUGGGCAUCAUGACCCCAGACUACUACUACUACCUCAACCAGUCUGGGACGUACAAGGUGGACGGGACCAACGACAGCAAAGACUUCCAAGAGACCAUGGAGGCCAUGCAGGUGAUCGGGAUCCCAGGUGACAUCCAGGCUCAGGUGCUGCAGAUCAUCGCAGGUAUCCUCCACCUGGGAAACAUCAGCUUCAUAGAGGCGGGCAACUACGGCCAGGUGGAAAGCACAGACUUGCUCGCCUUUCCUGCCUAUCUGCUGGGCAUCGACCCCAACCGCCUGCAGGACAAACUGACGAGCCGCAAGAUGGAUUCAAAGUGGGGCGGGAAGUCCGAGUCCAUUAACGUGACCCUGAACCAGGAGCAGGCCACCUACACGAGAGACGCCCUGGCCAAAGCCCUCUAUGCGCGACUCUUCGACUACCUGGUGGAGGCCAUUAACAAAGCCAUCCAAAAACCAUAUGAGGAAUUCAGCAUUGGAGUUCUUGACAUUUAUGGCUUUGAGAUUUUCCAGAAAAAUGGCUUCGAGCAGUUUUGUAUCAACUUUGUCAACGAGAAGCUGCAGCAGAUCUUUAUAGAGCUCACUCUGAAGGCUGAGCAGGAAGAGUACGUUCAGGAGGGCAUCAAGUGGACCCCCAUCGAGUACUUCAACAACAAGAUAGUGUGCGACCUCAUUGAAAAUAAACUGAACCCUCCAGGUGUCAUGAGUGUGCUGGAUGAUGUGUGUGCGACCAUGCACGCCAAAGGAGAGGGUGCAGAUGGAACUCUGCUGCAGAAGCUGCAGGCCGCUGUGGGAACGCACGAACAUUUCAACAGCUGGAACUCGGGAUUCGUCAUACAUCACUAUGCCGGGAAGGUGUCGUAUGACAUCAAUGGGUUCUGCGAGAGAAAUCGAGAUGUGCUCUUCCCUGACCUUAUUGAGCUCAUGCAAAGCAGUGAAUUUGACUUCAUCCGUAGCUUGUUCCCCGAGAACCUCAACACGGAUAAGAAAGGCCGACCGACCACAGCUAGCUCCAAGAUCAAGAAACAAGCGAAUGAUCUGGUGAACACACUGAUGAAGUGCACUCCGCACUACAUCCGCUGCAUCAAACCCAAUGAGACGAAGCGGCCGAAAGACUGGGAGGAGAGCAGGGCUAGACAUCAGGUUGAAUACCUCGGACUGCGGGAAAACAUCCGGGUGCGUAGGGCUGGAUUCGCGUACCGCAGGGUCUUCAAUAAGUUUCUGUUGAGGUACGCGAUUUUAACAGCUGAAACGUGGCCGUGCUGGAGGGGUCCGGAGCAGCAGGGGGUCCUUCACCUCCUCCGGUCUGUCAACAUGGACAACGACCAGUACCAGAUGGGACGCACCAAAGUCUUCGUUAAGAACCCGGAAUCGCUGUUCCUGCUCGAGGAGAUGAGAGAGAGGAAGUUUGACACGUUCGCCAGGAUCAUUCAGAAGGCCUACAGAAGAUUCAUCGCCAGGAAGAAGUACGAGCAGAUGAGAGAGGAGGCUUCGGACAUCCUGUACAACUCGAAAGAGCGGAGGAAGAACAGCAUCAACAGGAACUUUGUCGGAGACUACCUCGGCCUGGAGCAGAGGCCCGAGCUGCGGCAGUUCCUGGCCAAGAGGGAGCGCGUCGACUUUGCCGACUCUGUCAACAAGUUUGACCGCAGGUUCAAGUCUAUCAAGAGAGAUUUGAUCUUGACCCCUAAAGGCAUCUAUCUGAUCGGUCGGGAGAAGGUGAAGAAAGGUCCGGAGAAAGGGCAGAUAAAGGAGGUGCUGAAGCGAAAGAUGGAGUUUGGAAGCAUCAGUGGCGUCUCUCUGAGCACGCGGCAGGACGAUUUCUUCAUCUUGCACGAGGCUCAGUACGACAGUCUGCUGGAGUCCAACUUCAAGACGGAGUUCCUCAGUUUGCUCUCCAAACGCUACGAGGACGUGACAAAGAGAAAACUGACAAUCUCCUUCGCUGACAGAAUUGAGUUCAGGGUCAAGAAGGAGGGCUGGGGCGGAGGAGGCUCCAGGGUGGUGGUCUUCCAGAGGGGCCAAGGGGACCUGGCCCAGCUCAAGCCUGGGGGGAAGACCCUGUCCAUCACAGUAGGGGACGGUCUACCCAAGUCUUCUAAGCCAACCAGGAAGACUGCUCCUCAGUCUUAUGGUGGAGGUAGAAAUUAUGUGUCCAGCAGCGCGCACCAGAACGGGGCAGCCAAGUUUUCCAGAGCCCCUCACAACCAGCACUCAGACAUGACCUACUCCUCCCCGCAGAAACAGGUCCGGCCACCCAGCGCCGCCCUCCCCAAACUGGGCUCCCAGAAAUUCAACCGAGCCCCGGCCCACAACCAGCAUAACCAGGGGAACAUGGACUUCCUAAACGUGCCUGAUCAGGGCAUGUCAGGGAAGCAGAGGAGGAGGAGCAUCAACCAGCGACCUCCUCCUGCUCCUAAACCGCAGCCUCGACCGCAGGGGCCUCGCUGCCGGGCGUUAUAUCAAUACAUCGGCCAGGACACGGAUGAGAUCACCUUUGAUGCCAAUGAAGAGUUUGACCUCGUAAAAGAAGAUCCAUCGGGCUGGUGGACAGGCAGGAUUCGAGGAAGGGAAGGACUCUUCCCUGGUAACUACGUGGAAAAGAUCUGAUGAGAAUCCCUCCCGAGUUUGUUGAGAAGCUUGCGUAAUUAAUUGAAAGCAGCACAAAAGAACUAAAGAACCACCUCGUGGUUGCACGGUAGGUCUUCAUCCAUAAAGGCUGUUUUGAGUGUGGACCUGACAUUUGAGCCACAACUAACUUGCCUGGCAGCGCGCUGUUUGAGGAGAGCACAGGAGACGCCGCUGUCAUGGCCAUGAUUGUUAAAACACAACUGCAAACAGCUGCUCGGGUUUCAUCUCCGUUGUUGUGUUAGACGACCUCGUUGUGAGCGAACGGGCAACAAGAUCUUUGACUUUGGCCUCAGUCCCACGACACCUUCCUUUGAGUCAAAGCUUCAGCUGGGCCGUAAGAGAAGGGUGACCUAAAAAUACUGCAUCGCUUCCUGGUGUCUACAGUGUUACUAUGUGCCUGAUCCAAUCUACAGCGUUAAAAAUAAUAAUAAAAAAAAAAAAUCAAGCAAUAAUGGAUAAUGGAUGAUGAGUUUUAUCUGUUAGUUUUGCACCAAAACAAACAUGAUUAAGAUCAAAUCAAAGAAAAUGAGAGAAGAAAUAUUUUCCUAUAUAUAUAUUUUUUUUAGUUUCUUGUGUCUCAUGUUGUCUCAUGUUUUCUUUCUCAUAUAUAAAUAAAAACAAAAAGAAAUAUAUUUUCAUAUUUUUUACCUCAGGAUGUUUGCACUGCUCUGUAUUGUGUAAGUUGAGUCAGUGACUUCUGCUAAACCAAACAGAGGGUUAGAGGUCACUGGUUAUUUUCUGCCAGUUUUGCGACGUUUUGUCAAUUUCUGUAAAAUUGUGUGAUUUCAAUAGACUCAAAUCAAGCAUAUGUUUUUGUAUAUGAUGAUGAAGAGAAGAAUAAACGCAUUGCAAGUGG